CACUCAGUUCAUCCUCAGCCGCGGCAGGCUCAGGACGUGUUGCAUCAGUUCCUCCGUGUCAGUGUUCACUUCAGCAAGACUCAAGGAUCGCCACGCCUCUCCUGCCACUCUCCCACUACUGUCCCUCCUCCUCCUGCCUGCUGGAGGAUGUGCUCACGGCACGACAUGGGCUUGGUUUUUCCAGCAUUAGUGAGAUGCUGCCUUCCGGAUUCUUGCCAUGUGCUGAAUCUGCCUUAGGUUCCUCCAUUCACCGCUAACUCCUGCGCGGGAAAGGGAAAAAAAUUUAAUUGCAAGUGAUUAAAAGCAAAAUCUAUUCCUGGGACAUCAAAAGCGACACGACUGAACUCUGUCGUUUAAGUCUUCAAGUUUUUUUCCUUAACGAACCUCGUCUCACCUCACUUCACCUCACCGCACCUCACCUCACCUGGUGGAGUGUGCACAGGCGGCUCUCCGGGGAAAUCAUAAGGUCGCUGUCAAAAUCAUUAUGUGCGAGACGUGUCAUGGAGUCUGUGGCUUUAAAUGUCUCGCUUUGAAGCAGUCCCCCCUGAUGUGAGGUGAAUAAAUCUUGGUAUUAAAUAGGACAGACUUCUGAGAGUGAAAUUAGAGACUAAAAGGAGAGCGAGAGGGCGGUGAUCCAGGGUGGCUUAAGGGAGUGUGUGGGCUGCUCCUCCCCAGUUCUGGUGGCGCGGGGAUGAGGGGACAGAAGAGCCAACUGGUGUGUCGCCGACCUCCGCCCCUGCAGCCUCUGGUGACCUCUGGGAAGCUUGGGUUGGCCUUGCUGUGUGGCGGAGGGGUCCUGUUGCACGCCAGGGGACAGCAGCGGUGGUGAGGCAGUACUGCGUGAAGAAGUGCUGAAGAACUUCAACCACUUACAACUGCAUUGGUGGCGUGUCGGUGGCCUCUUCGCCUCUCCUGGUACAGCCACGGACGCUUCGGAUACUUCAAAGGUUACAGCGCCGGGAAAACACUAAAAGAUUAAAUGGUGUUUGUAAAGAUUCAUGACUCAAUACUGGCCAAGUGACUGUAGUGCUUGGAAAUAAUAUAAUACGGUACAGACACGGGCACUAGAGGACUUGCACUGCUUUCGGCUCGACAUGGCGGGAGUGGAUGACGUGAGCCCUGUGUUGGCGAUGCUGAGGACUGAGGGUGGUGGCGGCGACUCUGCGGAAAUGCUCAACAGCUCCGCCUGGAGUGCUUUCAACGACUCGGUGUUCUUGGACAGCAACGAGACAGAGUUUGAGGUUUUAAACAAUACGAGCGACCCGACGUUCGACCACGUGCCCUACCACCAGCGCGUGGAGACCUACCUGGUGCCCUUCCUCUUCGCGAUAAUCUUUAUCGUCGGCGUCAUAGGUAACGGCGCUCUCAUCAUGAUCUUCGUGCGCAACAAGAACCUGCGGAAGGUGCCCAACACUUACCUCAUCUCCCUGGCGCUUGGGGACUUGCUGGUGCUUUUCUUCACGGUACCCUUCGUGUCCACCAUUUAUACUAUCGAGUACUGGCCCUACGGAACCUUCGCCUGCAAGUUUAGUGAGUUUGUGAGGGAUGUGUCCGUCGGAGUGACCGUCUUUACUCUCACUGCUCUCUCCGCUGACCGCUACAGGGCCAUUGUCUCCCCCAUCAAGAAGGCUGUGAGCGGUCCGGCACGGAGCGUCACACUGCGGGUCACAGCAGCCAUCUGGGUAGUAUCCUUGCUGCUGGCCACCCCCGCUGCCGUCUUCACACACGUCAAGAGCUUUGCCAGACUUGGGAACAUGAACAUGAAGGUGUGCUAUCCAUUUCCGGACACGUACGGCUGGUAUACCAAGGCCAACGUGUUCACCAAGGCGCUAGUGUACUACGUGUUGCCACUCAUCGUCAUCGCCGCCUUCUACCUGCUAAUGGCGCGGCACCUGCUGAGGCCCGAGAUUGUGGGCGACGCACAGGUGUUCCAUCGCCAGAUACAAACGCGGCGCAAGGUGGCCAAGGUGGUGCUCUGCUUCAUCGUCAUCUUCGCCGUCUGCUUCCUGCCCACACACGUCUUCAUGCUGUGGUUCUAUUUCGACCUGGGCGGCCAGUACAACGACUUCUGGCACGUUAUGCGUAUUCUGGGCUUCUGUCUGAGCUUCAUCAACUCUUGCAUCAACCCCAUCGCCCUUUACUGCAUCUCCGGCACCUUCAGAAAGCAGUACAACCGCUACCUCUUCUGCUGCUGCUGCUGGGUACGUAGGGACCGCGACAAUAUGCACUCCCUCCGCGCCUCCCACUAUCGCUCCUCCACCUUGCGGCCCCUGGAGACCAUCACUCUCACUACGCUGCUGCAAGACCGCUCCUGUCCCAACGCCUUCUGACGUAAGAGGAUCGCUUAUCGUCCAAAUUGCCUGCAGGACGUGUAUCACUUCUCGCCACAGGAGGAGGCGCUGAGGGAGGAGGAUAACCUGGUGAAGAGCAACGGUAUCUCCAUAUAUGAGUCCGUCCACCUGUAGUAUGGCGCAGGGAGCGAGAGAGGUGGAGAGGCGGCUUGGGGUUGGUGAACUUGUACUAUUGUGUGUCUGGAUGAUGUGGUGUGUUGUACCAGAGACUAAACCUUGCUGCUAUUUCUCUAUGUGUGUGUGUGUGUGUGUGUGUGUGUGAGAGAGAGAGAGAGAGAGAGAGAGAGAGAGAGAGAGAGAGAAAUUCUGUAUCAAGUAGCAUAUAAUACUAGGAAUAGGCGGGAGCACAUACGAAUACAUGUCGCGUUGUCACUCGCCAAAAAGUGAACAGCCGCGGGGGGUCUUGCAGUGAUCAAACAUUCAUCACAUAUCAAGAGUACGAUAUAUAUAGAAGUAACUUGAGCAAAUUUUUUUUUUUAUACCCUGUGGGCUUUUCACGGAAAUCUAUGGGCUAAAAUGGAUACUUUUUGGGUUACCUGCUAUCUCAAAGCCCACCCGCUAGGAAACCCUUGCCCCGAGUGAGGAAGCCCAACCGACACUCGGACCGUGGACAGGAUUCGAACCCGUGGGCUUGGAGACCCCUCGGACACCAAAGCACGCAUGGUUCCACUGUGCCACGGCGGUCAAAAUCUGUUCCUUAUUGUCUGGGUCUCCGUGGGUUGUUUGUCGCUGGGCAAGGGUCGUCACCACAAGACAUCGGGGGUCACAUGGAAAUCAGGUGCCCCAGCUACACUUAGGAUACAUCCGCGGAGAUUUCUUUUCUUGUAGAUGAGUCAAUAAAAAGAGUGAGGAGAAGGUAAGUCCUACACUGUUUUGCCUGCGACUUCUGGCUUAAAUUUGCAUCGUAUUUUUAACUAAGAACCUCCAUGUGCUCUUAUUGCAUUUCCAGAAAGGUGACUUGCUCAUUUCCUCGUCCUGUAAAAUAACUGUACCUGUAAUCUUUAAACUGAUUCGGAAUUGGAUGAAAAGACUCUCUCGUUCAUCAUGGAGAAACAAAAGGGAGUGCAAGACAGGUUAGGAGGUCAUCAGGUAAGAGUUUGCUGAAGGAGGGUGGCUGGGUAGGGAGGUAGGUGGCGGCUCCUAAGCUCAUUACUGAUCAGUGCAGCCUUUCAAUACUUGAGUACUUGCCCUGCUUACCUUUCAUACAUACUAUUGCUAGUAAAUUGAGUAUGCCGUGCGCUGGUACAGGGCGGGAGGGGGGUGUCAGGGAAAGAGGAGCAGUGUCGAAUCCCUACCUCCCUCCAUUCCCUUUCGCACGAAGACGCAAUUAGGUAAACUUCCAUUGAUACCUGAGAGCAGUUCCCGUUUUCUUCUCUGCUUCCUUCCGUCACUUCAUGAAUAAUUUAGUGUUUUAGAGGCUCGGUGGGCGUGCAAGUACAGCGGCAAGAAAUAGAAUAAAAAAAUCAGACAGAAUAGAAGUGUUGAAUUUCUAAUUUUUCUGUUGAUGGUAUUGACUAGGAAAAGCACACGAUGCGAAGUUUCAAAAUAUUUGUCUGAUCAGAACACGGCAGGUUUAGUUUCUCAUCGUUGUUGGCUGAGAGCUUUGAGUCCAUAAUCAAUUCAUCAUUAUACUGACAACAAUUUCAAGACUUCUUCAACUUUUGGAUAAUCUUUUUAGAGACUGAAACCUUUCAAUGAUUUUUUGUUGUUCUGGACCUGCAAACACACCACAUACAUUAAAAGAUGGUUUUAUAUACAUAGCUAGCCAUCCCUGCUUUGCAUUAUCAUAACGCCAUAUGACGGCAUUUUCAAUCUCACUAAUGCUAGUAUUUCAGUUCAGCAGUGUCCAUGGAAUAAUUAAUGACGUUUAUUUAUUCUUUUAGUAAUACAGUAUUUAUCUUACUAUUCAUUCAUUCAUUCAUUUAUUAUUUUCCUCUGAACCACGUCGAGGCGAUGGGGAUGAGAGGAUUGGGGGAAUGGAAUCUGAUAACUGACUUCGACUUACUCAUUACUAGCACUUUUUAUUCAUUUCAAUCAUGACGUUUCUCUCAUUCUGGACAUUCUUUUUCAGUCUGUUUUAGGCAGCUUUCUCUUUAUCGUUAUUUACAUCCUCUCUGGAAAGUCAAACAAAAAAACAAGAUCUGCAUCAGUUACCAACACAAGAGUGAAAACAAAUCCCUCUUAAGCGAUAUAAUGCAAGAUUUUUUGUCUUUAUUAAUAGAAGCAACAUUUUCACCUUGCCGUGUUGAGGAAAUAUACGAUUUUCUUUUGUGAAUUAUGCGGUCUCGUUUAGUACAGGGCGGUGGCUCCGUUAAAUAUCAUCACCUGUUUUCAUCCAGUUGCAAGCGGAAUCCUAGUGUCAUCACUGAACUUAUAAGCUAAUAUGGUUUAGGAAUGGUGGAUACUUUUGUGAACGUGGAGGAAGCGUGAAUCAGGAGAGACUUUCACCUAUUUGAGUUUCCCGCCGCUGUACAACAAGAUGACCGCUGUGGAAUAAGAACUUACCAAUAACGCCUUGAUAUUUGAAAAUUCCUAUAUAUAUAAAAAAAACUUGUAUUAAUCCUAUUCAGUUACAUAAAUUCAAGUCGAUCUACAGUGAUACUAGAGGUGCAGGAUUGCACCCUCAAGUACUCAGGAAUGCGCAGCUGCGCAUAGGUGACGUGAGAGAGUAGCUGAAAUGGCGGGUGUAUACUGUAGCUGAGUGAGGGAGAGUUUUCGUCGCGAUUGCACUUACCGUGGUUCAUUUAUACACAACGGAAGUACUUAUGAAGUACAGAGUCACAAAGACACUAGUGAUAGUCUGGUGUGUGUGUGCGUUCCUUGAUGCAAGGUCAGACUGCAGCACGCAAUGUCAAGAUGAGCACCGCCGAAGCUGCUUCACCCCAACGGCCAUCACACAGACAUUCCAGUGCCAGUGGAGGAGAAGCCCACCAAGCAGGAGUAUGCUGUAGCCACAUACUUAAAGAAGAACUGUCCUACAAAGAAAACAAAGUUUCUCAACCACCAGGUCCAGUAUUUUUAUG